CGGGCAGCUAUAAUUAAACUGCCUGUCGAUUGAUCCUCCCUGGAUUUUAUUUUAUUUUAUUAUUUUAUUUUCUGAUAAAAUAAAAUAUCCUCUCUAUUUUAUUUUAUUAUUUUUCCUGUCAACCUUGCUCCCCACUUUUCGCAUAUCUCCACUAUUCCACACCCUCAAUCAUCGUCUCUCCUUCUUUUCCCCUCUGCCAUCCACGCGCUUUGGUCUAUAAACCCCGUUCAUAUCCUCCUCCAUCUCUCCCCCCUGUUCCCAUCAAACCCACCCCCACUUGUACCUUGCCUCCAAUUCCAUUGGAUCCAUCUUUCGUUGCCUCUUGACUCGACCUCGCUUUUAUAUAUCUUCCCUCGGUAGCCUCCUUCUUGCUUGCUAUAAGCUACCUUUUCCUUUCCACUCGGUUUCAUCCAACCUUCUAUACAUACAUACAUAUACAUCCACCCUCACCCACCACCACCUACUUCAACACUCGACAUGGAUCUCGCCAGCCUCAUCUCCCACCCGGGACCCGAUCCCAUCAUGAAGUCUAGAGCCUCAUACAGCCCUCCCAUGACCUCUUACAAGCGGUCCAUCGAACAGACUUCCGACUCAUACUUCCCCUCCGUCCCGGUCUCCUACACCCGCUCCCCGCAGCCUCCUCUCUCCCCGCCUGUGGAGGACCACUCUCCCAAGUGCUCUCUUCCUUCCAUCUCUACCUUGCUUGAGGGCGCAGAUGGCGCAGCUAUGCACGCAGCAAAGCGUACUAGAAUGACCCCUCCUCUGCAGCGCGACCUUGAUUCCCGCCAACAGUCGCAAGCAUAUGACCUCAAAGCCAACGGCCCCCAAAUCGCCCUGCCCCCCACGCCCCCAUUGCGCCCUGGGUCUAGCUUCCACAGCGCCGGCCACUCUCCCGCUUCCUCCAUCUCUGCUGCCAGCGAUGCUGCUGCGCCCAAGCGCUCCGACUCCUACCCUCAAGUGCCCAUGGCUCUGCCUAGCCCCUCCGAUCGGUCGUCCAUCUCCAGCCAGGGUUCCGUUCAGGGUGUCUCCAGCGCUUCCUACGCUUCUCCCGCUCCCAGCGUCUCUUCCUACUCCUCUCCCAUUGAGCCUUCGGCCUCCUCCGCCAUGUUCUACCAGCGCACGGCGCCUUCCACUUCGGCCGCUCCUCUCCCGACACCGGCAGCACCGCAACAGAUUAUUUCCCCUGUGAACCCUGCCUGGCAACACCACCACUACUUCCCUCCCUCCAGCACCACGCCCUACCAGCAGAACCAUGAUCGCUAUAUCUGCCGGACCUGCCACAAGGCCUUCUCAAGACCUUCCAGCUUGCGCAUCCACUCUCACAGCCACACGGGCGAGAAGCCCUUUCGCUGCACCCACGCUGGUUGUGGGAAGGCCUUCAGUGUGCGCAGCAACAUGAAGCGUCAUGAGCGUGGUUGCCACAGUGGUCGGCCCGUCGCAACUGCCAUGGUAUAAAAAGACCGCCACUGGGUGUCCGGUCACCUUGAUGCGCCUCGAAGGCAAUCAAGGCAACAAAAAAGCUCGACAAAAAAGCAAGAGCUAUACAAUCC